AUGCCCGUGCAACAGAUACAGCCUUCAAUAAGUCGGUCAACAUCUGCAAAAGGUGUCGUUCAUCGUUCCGCGAGCAUUGAUUCAGCCAUUUAUGAUGCAGGCGGUGAGGAUUCAGUAGAAGAAUGUAAUGAUGGAGAAGAAGGCGGAGUAGAAGAAGAAAGUUUUGACGAAUUAAUCGAUAAUUCAAAUGAUUCGGGUAAUACAAGAAUAUUAAUUCCUCGAAUAGUAAGAUAUGGAACAAAACGUACACCUAUUUUACUAUUUUCACCCAAAGUUGUCUACGGACGAUGUCCAGAAGCGGAAAAAAUUGGAGAAAAAUAUUGUCUAAGUUUCAAGUUUGUCAAAAAUGAAGCAAAAUUAUUACGAUCGAUAUUGGAAGGUCAUGGUUUCAAAGAAGUACAUCCUUCAAGUCAUGAAUUUAAUAUUAUGUGGACAGGUGGAGGAAUGAAACCAUUUACAUUAAGAAGUUUAAGUUUAUUUCAAAGAGUGAACCAUUUUCCAAGAUCGUAUGAAAUGACAAGAAAAGAUCGUCUUUAUAAAAAUGUACAAAAAAUGCAACAGGAAAAAGGUUCAAAAAAUUUUAAUUUUAUUCCUACUACAUUUUUAUUACCUUAUGAAUUUGAAGAUUUUUGUGGGGCCUUUCAGCGUGAAAAAGGUGUAUGGAUAAUCAAGCCGGUUGCAUCAUCUCAAGGAAAAGGAAUAUUUUUGAUUAAUCAUCCUGAUCAAGUGCCAUUAGAUGAAAAUUUAGUAAUUAGUCGAUAUAUAGAUAAUCCACUCCUUAUUGAUGGCUAUAAAUUUGAUGUUCGAAUCUAUGUAGCUGUUACCUCAUAUGAUCCAUUGGUCGCUUAUCUAUAUGAAGAAGGACUAUCAAGAUGUGAUGAUCCCGAUAUCGAAGAUUUCGGUAAUAAAUGGUCAAUGAGUGCAAUGUUACGUUUAUUAAAAGCAGAAGGAAAAGAUACUUUUGGUUUAAUGAUGUCUAUCGAGGAUGUUAUUGUUAAAACGUUACUCUCUGUAGAAAGUCAUAUAUCAGCUGCAUGUAGAAUGUUUGUACCACACAAAGGAAAUUGUUUUGAAGUCUAUGGUUUCGAUAUACUGAUUGAUGAUGAACUAAGGCCAUGGGUUUUAGAAGUAAAUCUUUCUCCUUCUUUGGGCUGCGAUGCUCCAAUCGAUUUGAAAAUAAAAACUCAUAUGAUAUGUGAUUUGUUAAAUUUGACUGCACUUCCGUGCCAAGAUCCUUGUAUUUAUUCGAAUAGACAUAAACAACAGCAACAACAGCAAACUCAAUCAGAAACAUUAAAAAGAGUAUAUUUUGCCAUCCGUCGUCCAAUAUCCGCUGGUUAUUCUCUUUCGACUUCAUUUACAAAUACGAAUUCUCGUUUACGGGCUACAACUGCUAGUCAUCACAAUCGUUCUCAUCCUCCACCUCAUCGUAGUUCAAACAAUACCCAAAAUCCAUCACGUUCAAAUGAAUAUUUUGGUUUAUCAUCAGAAGAAUCUCGUAUUUUACGUACAGUAAAAGAAGAACAAAAACAUCGUGGUGGAUUUGUUCGCAUAUUUCCAACCUCAGAUACUUAUGAAUUUUUUUCAACUUUUUUUGAACAACGAACGACAUCCUAUAAUCUAAUGCUACACCAACGUUUGUAUCCUGAACGAUGGAUGACAUCAACAGCAAAUUCGAACCAAACGAAUUCAAUUCAGACAUCAGUCAGUGUUGGAGGGAUUAGAAGGACCACAGUACCAAGAGCAAAACAUUUAAGUACGGCUUAUAACUACAGCGGAUGUGAUUUAGAUGAAGCGAUUGAUCGAUAUAAAUACUAUGAGCGAAGAUUAGCCGAUAUUAUCAUACCUCAACCAGAACCAGUACCAGCUCCGCUACCUCCACCACUGCCACAACAACCACAACACGGACCAUCAGCGACACAACAACAAACUACAGUACUUGUACAAGGUAUUAAUAACGAGGAAUCCACAGCAACAGCGAAAUCAAUUCAAGUAACAUCUUUGCCUCGUUCAUCUGCCCCAAGUAGUACAGCUCAUAUUGUUCGAUCACAAUCUUCUCAACAACAACAUGUCAGAACCGAAUCUUCAACUAAACGUUUAACAAAUGUUCAAAUGAUUAAACAACAGCAACAACAUUCACUGGUAGGACAAGGAGAGAUACGACAUUCUAUAUAUGCUAAAACAGAUAUAUUAAAUUAUCUAAACGAAGGAGCCACAUUAACUCCAUUACAAGCUCGAACUGCUUUUUCUACUUAUUUACAACGUAUCCAAUUUCGUCUAAUGCUAGACAGUGAAUUAAAAGAAGAAGCGACUACUACACAACAUAUGGAAUUAGUUAUACGAUUUUUAAAACGUGCUGGUCAAAAUCUUUCUCAACCAUUUCGUGUAGAAAUUCCAUCAAGACGUUUGUCACUUGCUGAUCAAAAACGAAUAUUAGCGAAAGAAUUAUGCGACUUUUUACACUUGUACAAUAAAGAAACUGAUGCACAACGAGGCACACUGGUUCAGUUACAGCCAGCUGCAAACAAACGAAUCUCAUCCGCUUCGACUACUGCAUCGGGUACAACAACUAUUUCAAUAGUAUCAACAGUAUCGUCCACUGCAACAGGGGUUAAUCAGAUCGAUGAUCAUCUCUUUGAAAAUUUUAUUCGAUCAGCAAGUGAAGCAGAUUUAGAAGAAAUGAUGACUGCAUAUAUGAAAACAAAUAAACAAUCAGCCGCCCAUUUAGGUACAUAA